AUGGAAGUAGAAUCUGGAUUUGAUGUCAGUUAUCAUUUUCAUCCUUGUUAUGAAAGUAGCAAUGUCUCUAAAACACUGAGAAGGACUUCUUCUACAAUGUGUACUUUAUUCUACAUUUUUCUUGGCUUACUGUCUGUUAUUACAAUGUGUGGAAAUCUCCUUGUAAUAAUCUCCAUCAUUUACUUUAAGCAGCUCCACACACCAUCUAACUACCUGAUCAUCUCUCUGGCUGUGACUGACCUACUUGUGGGGAUUGUAGUAUUUCCUCUGAGCAUGUCUUUUUCUCUCAGCUCCUGUCUGUAUUACAGAGACUUAAUCUGCAAAAUACGAGACAGCCUCGAUGUCAUACUGAGCUCGACCUCUAUUUCAAAUUUGUGCUGUAUUUCUGUAGACAGAUACUAUGCAGUGUGCCACCCACUGACAUAUAGAUCUAAGAUAAAUACUGGCAUUGUCCUGGUUAUGAUCCUUAUGAGCUGGGGAGUUUCUGUACUUGUUGCGAUUGGUUUUAUUGUAGCCGAAAUAAAUCAAGAAAAAUGUAAAGAAAACUGUUUUUCUGAUGCUGUACUUGAAAAGGUUUUGGCCCCUGUUUUAUCAUUUUAUCUCCCAGUGAUCGUAAUGCUGUAUAUCUACCUAAGGAUAUUCCUUGUUGCACAAAGACAGGCUCGCAGCAUCCAGGACACAGCAACGUCUGCAGUAAACAUCAAUAACGUGGAGAGGAAAGCAACUAAAACUCUGGCUAUUGUUAUGGGAGUUUUUCUAAUGUGUUGGCUGCCUUUCUUUCUUUGUUUUUCCUUUCAGCUAUUAGGUGGAGUUUCAGUGUCAGUGUAUGAAACCCUUAACUGGCUUGCCUUGUCCAAUUCAAUGCUCAAUCCAUUUAUAUAUGCUUUCUUUUACAGCUGGUUUAGGUCAGCAUUCAAAAUGAUCAUUUCUGGAAAAAUAUUUCAAGGGAACUUUCCUAACACUAAGCUCCUUUGA